AUGCGUCCUCUGGAUCCUCAGGCCCAGGGGCUCGUUGACGACCGAGUUGCCGAGGAGGAGCAUGGACAGUUCCUCAUUGAAUAUCAUUCGCGUUUGACGGGACCAAGCUCCCCUGCGUCGUAUGGCUCCAGUAUUCGCGCUUCGACCGCCCGGAGGCGAGCUGCCAUGUCAAACAAGCCCAUAAACAAUCAUUUAUCAGAAACAACACCUCUCCGUCUUUCCCCAGCGGCUCUCCAGACUCCUACUGCUCCUCAAUCGACACCUCGCUCAACUCCUCCCGUUGUUCCUCUCAACCUGACUCCACCCUCAGCAGCCCAUUAUCUUCCCAGCUGUUCUGUACGAACUCGCGAUCCUGGAUCUCAUGUAGAACCGACUUCUCCAAAGCUCCAGUCACCUUUGCGCCACUCCAUUAACCUAAACACCAACAGCCUCGACGCUGAGUCACAGCACUACCGGAUCUCCAGCGACAAACCCAGGGCCCAGUCAGUCGAUAUGUCAUUCACUGGUGAUAACAAAAGGCCCGCUGCGAGCAGGACUCGAUCAAGCCUGCCUGCUGUCGUGGAAGAACCUGGCCGAAAUCGGCUUCCGACUUGGUUGUCGCGACCCAACGCACCAGCGCCUUUAUCAACAACCAUCCCGGAACGGCGACGCAGCACAUCAUCUGCCUCCAAGGCAUCAACACCAACUUCAGCUCGUUUUAACUUCUUUGGCGCCCUUACUUCUUCCCCUUCUACUGCUUCUCCCACAGAGGAGCAAAACGAGGCCCUUAUGAAUCUGGAUAUUGAAAAGGGUCUCUUCCCCAACGGCGUUCCUGGCGAAGGAACAGCUUUCUCGCCAUCCGCUUUUAAGAAUCUCCAAAUGAAUGCCACCGGACUGCUGAGCAAGUUCCAGGCUGCUUAUGAGCAACGUACAUCGGAGUUCCGAGAACUGCAGGCUGAGCGCGACAUUGAAGAGUUUAACAAGAGCGAAGCCGAGCUCAAGGUGGAGCAGCUCGAAAAACAACUCGAAGAACAAUCUACAAUCAUGGCAGAGCGUGAUGCUAUGAUCGAAUACUUGCUCAACCAGCUAGCUCAUGAAAAGGACCGAGCAGAUCAAACCACAAACGGCGAGAAAGAGAACACCACCUCAGCAGCUUCAAUCGUGUCAGAGGAUCUGGGCGUUGACGAAGACCGACUAAGGCGCUGGCGAAAGAGCACGUCAACCUCAUCUGAUGACGAGAGCGUGGAUGAAGUCAGCGUAUUUUCUCGAUCAAGGAGCCCAACAUUCUCCACCACUAUAUCAGAGAUCAGCCCUAUCACAGCUCCUACCGCUCCCGCGGCUCAGGCAAAGCCAGUUUCCCUCGAGCCUCCUCGCGCGGCACGAAAUAGCGUUCCUCAGAUGAGCCCGUUCCAAAAGCUCAUCCGAGGCAUGUCCAGUGAGAAACCGAAGCCUGCACCUACCUCCAACUGCCUCAACUGUCAAGGACAAAACGCCAGCAUGGCUUGGGACACAGUGAAUCUACUCAAGGAUGAAAACAAGGGACUCAAGGUCAGAGUGGAAGAACUGGAAACCGCAGUUGAGGGCGCCCUCGACGUUGUUAAUGGUCUCGGCUUAUGA